AUGGCAAUUGAAAAAGCGGAUUUCAAUUUGAAGGCCAUUUCUCCAAGCAUUAGAGCCACUAAAAGUCCAGACAAUGGGGGAAUCAUAACUCAGACCGACCUUAUCGAAAUCAAUUUGUUCUUAUUUGUAAAAAUUGUUGGAGCCAGAAAUUUAGGUGCACAUAAUGGUCAUCACAAUUUUGAUCCUUAUGUGGAGGUGAAAGCUGGGAGUUUUCAAGGGAGAACGUUGUGCUUCUGGCGUAACUUGAAUCCAGAAUGGAACCAAGUUUUCGCUCUUGACAAUGAUCAUAUUCAAACCGAAGAGAUAACAACCGUUGAGAUUCUUCUAAAGGAUAAUGUUCGUAAGUACGAUGAAUAUAUGGGUAAGAUUUCAUUGAAUAUUUCUGAUAUUUCUACAAGGUUUCCAAGUGAUAGUGAACUUGCACCACACUGGUGUGUACUUGAGGAUCAAAGAGGGAGACGAUUUAGGGGCGCGCUUAUGAUGUCUUGUUGGAUAGGAACUCAAGGCGAUGAAUCGUUUCAUGAAGCUUUGCAUUUACAAUUAGAUAAUGUAUCAAUUGGUCCUCACAAUGUUGUGAAUACUUGCUCAAGGAUAUAUAUUAUGCCUAGGAUUUGGUGUCUUAGACUUAAUUUGGUUCAAAUCGAGGGACUUAGAGUUAAAGCCGAUGACCCGUCUAUAAGUUCUGAUAUUUUCAUCCAUGUUAGUUUAGGGAUUUCGACUUUCACUAGCAAGUUGGUGAAAAACAACAAUGGAAACCCAACUUGGGAUGAAAAAGAUGUUUUAUUUGCCGUGGCCGAACCAUUUAAUCAGAUAUUGGUUUUGAGUGUGGAGCAAGGAACAUAUACAAGGCAUAAGUGCUUAGGUAGAUGUGAAUUUCCUGUUAAGAAUGCAAAUAUGAUAAGUGAUGGUUCCGCUCCGCCUACUAAAACGGUUGAUGUUAUACAAAAUCAAGGAUUUGUCAGUAAGCUUAGUAUGAUGAUCUGUUUGGACGGAGGGUAUCAUAUGUUUGACGAAGAUCCGCAAUACUGCAGUGAUAGGAAUCCAACAUGCCCUGACUUUUGGAGACCAAAAAUUGGAUCUUUCGAGAUGGGGAUAUUGAAAGCUACAGGGCUUCCGGCAAUGAAACCACAAGGUCGUACCGAUGCCUAUUGUGUGGCUAAAUAUGGCUCGAAAUGGGUUCGGUCAAGAACCGUUGUUAAUAGUCUUUCUCCAAAGUGGAAUGAACUAUACUCUUGGGAUGUCUAUGAUCAUUGCACAUUUAUCACAAUUUCUGUGUUUGAUAAUAGUCAACUACAUGAAGGAAAUAUAGAUUUAGGUGCAAUGGAUACAAGGAUAGGGAAAGUGAGAAUCUCUCUACAAGAAAUGAAAACCAAUCAAAUUUACAGAUAUUCUUAUCCUCUUGUCGAACUUCAACCUUCCGGGCUAAAGAAAAUGGGGGAACUUGAAUUGGCUUUCAAGUUUAAUUGUCCUACGAUGCUUAGUGUGUGGAAACCGUCGUUUGAUGUGUUUAUAAUGUACACAAUGCCGAUACUUCCUUCACAACAUUUCUCCCAUCCGCUGUCUCCAGCUCAGUUCUAUAGAUUAAGGAAACAAAUUAUCACGCUUGUGUCGUUAAAUAUGAGCAAAGCUGAACCACCAUUGAGAAGAGAGGUUAUUGAUUAUAUGCUAGAUUCGCGUGAAAAACAGUGGAGCGUGAGAAGAUGGAGAGCUGAUUUGGAAAGGAUUGGCGUCUUUGUACGUUGGUUGAUUGGUAUUUACACUCAAUUCGACGAGAUAUGCAAGUGGAAAGAUAUGUAUAAAACAAUAAUAGUUAUCUUGGUUUUGGGAUAUAUGUGGUGGAACCCUCAAAGUUUGUUGCCGGCAAUGUUUGCAUGUCUUAUCAUUCAUGUGUUAGUGCAGUUUCGAAACAAGCCAAAAACACUAUCUCAUGUAGAUUUGCAAUUGUCUCAUGUUCAUACAACAAGUAUAGAUGAAUUGGAAGAAGAGUUUGAUCCAAUACCGUCAAAAUUCGAAGACAUCAUUUUGAGGCAUAGAUAUGAUCGAUUAAGAGUUGCUGCUGGGCAACACGUAACGUGGAUGGGUGAGUUAGCCACAAGAAUAGAGAGACUGCAGUCUCUUUUGAAUUGGCAUGAUUCAAUAUCGACCCCGUUAGUUAUGAUUAUGUGUCUGAUAACCGGCUUUUUGACUUCUGUCGUUCCGUUCAAGUGGCUUCUAUGCUGUUGGUUGCUAUAUUUGUUAAGGGGCCAGAAGUUUCGUGGGCCCUUUCCUCUAUUUUAUGAAAAUUGGCUUAGAAGGAUGCCUUCAAAAUUAGACAGCAUGAUAUGA